AUGGAUGGCGCGGCGGGCGUGGCCGACCUGGUGCUGACGGCCGAGCCGCGGGACCUGGUGGUGCUGCCGCGGCGGCCCGCGCUGCUGGAGUGCGAGGCGGAGGCGCGCAGCGACGUGCACCUGCAGGCGCGGCCCUCCGUCAGCUGGAGGGGCGCCGACGGCCAGCUGCUCACCUUCAUCGGCGACUCGUUCCGCUCCCAGCUGCCCAACGGCUCGCUCUUCAUCAGCGCCGUGGGCGAGGAGGACGGCGUGCACGGCGGCCUGCCCGCCAGCGGCGAGUACCAGUGCCUCGCCUCGCUGGAGGCCGUGGGGUCGCUGGUCAGCCGCACGGCGCGCCUGCAGCUCGCCACCGACACCAAGAUCGUGCAGCAGCCGGCUGACCUGCGCGUGUUCCCGGGCCAGACGGCGCACUUCGCGUGCGUGACGCAGUCGGUGCCGCUGGCCCGGGUGGCGUGGCUCAAGAACGACCGGCCGCUGGUGCUGGACCGCGCGCGCAUGCUGGUGAUGCCGACGGGCGCGCUGGAGAUCGACGAGGUGCAGGUCUCGGACCAGGGCGCCUACCAGUGCAACGCCUCGGCCUCGGCCACGGCCACGCUCAGCAACAAAGCCACCCUCGCCAUCGACAUGGACAUCGAAUCCGGGGAGAGCAUCAUGGCGCCGGUGUUCAUCGCGACGCCGAGGCCGACGGUGGUCAUGGCGGGGGAGAACGUGACGCUGGACUGCGCGGCCAACGGCCACCCUCGGCCCGAGAUCAGCUGGCUCAAGGACGGCGUCACCAUCGACAUGUCACACCUGGACAGCCGGUUUAGGAAAGUCGGCACUGGCAGCUUGCAAGUUCUUAACGUUGAGGAGUCAGAUGCUGGGGACUACCAGUGCCGAGCCGAAAACCGAGAAGACUCUGUGGAUGCAAGUGCGACGCUGGAAGUUCAAGUGCCACCGAGAUUUAUCAAACAACCUCAAAACAAAGUUGCUGUUGAAAAAGAAGACUUGGAAUUGGAAUGUGAGGUAUAUGGAAAACCUGAGCCCAAAGUAUACUGGGUGAAAAAUGGAGACAACAUCACCCAGAAUGAGUACCUUCAAGUAGUCGGAGGAUAUAAUUUAAGAAUUCUGGGUCUCAUGAGUAUGGAUUCCGGAAUUUUCCAAUGCCUCGCUUCAAAUCCUGCUGGAAACAUCCAGGCAGCUGCUAGAUUGACUGUGGUCAGCUCAGACUCUGAGCUUCCUCCUGCUGAAAAUAAAUCCUCUACGCAUGUUCCUCGCUUCACUGUCUCUAGUAGCAGUAGUAAUUUUAAAGUUCAUAACACUCUUGCCUCUCGUGCCUUGCCUCGACCAUCCCAUGCACCUCCACCUCUCCACUCUGAUUCCCAUGACGUCUAUGAUGAUGAUGAUGACAACGACGAUGAAAACAACGAUGAUGAUGCUGACGAUGAUGACGACGACGAUGACGACGGUGAUGAAAACAACGAAUAUGAUGGUGACGUGGAUGGCACAAAUACAGCUGGCGGAGAAUCGCAGCCGAGCAAUUUUGGUGACGAAGUAAGAGGAAGUGAAUCACCGAUGAGAACUCCUGGCACGCCAUCUGAACCACGUGACCUUGAGACUGUAAUAGUGACAACAAGGUUCAUCACAUUGCGGUGGAAGGAACCAGAAGAGAAGAAUGGGGACAUUGAUACUUACUCAGUGUUUUAUCGUCAAGAAGGGUCUCAAAGAGAAAGAGUCAUGAACACAUCUAGAUCUCGUUUAGAGGAGGCGAACAUACCUGGUUUACAGCCGGAUCGCAAAUACCACUUCCGAGUUGUAGCAUACAAUCAAGUUGGGGCAGGGCUGAGCAGUCCUUCUAUCACUGUCACCACUGACACUGAGGCUCAUGUCCCCAGUCCGCCAUUAGACCUUCUUGCUACUCCACUCUCUCCAAAGUCUCUCCUCAUUCAGUGGCGGCCCCCAACCACGUCUGAUGGCCCCAUACUGCACUACAAGCUGUUCUACAUGGAGGGAGAGUCAGCAGAGGAACACCAUGUUGAGACAACUGAAACGCACUAUGAGUUGAAUGGUUUAGAGGAAUACACAGAAUACUGCCUGUGGGUCAUAGCAGCCAAUAAGAAUGGCCAAGGCGCCAGCACAGAAGAGGUGACAGCACGCACACUGUCAGCACCCCCAAGUGACUCCCCUCAAAAUGUUACGCUUGAAGCCGCUGGAUCAACCAGUGUGACUGUCAGGUGGGAGCCACCACCCAAAGAAGGACAAAAUGGUGUCAUCACUGGCUAUAAACUGAGGUACCGAAAGAAGGACAGGAGAAGUGGAAAAGGUGAUACAGUGACUGCAGCUGGCAACCGCAGGCUGUACACUCUGACAGAUUUAGAAAGAGGUUCCAUCUACCUUGUUAGGCUUUAUGCAAUCAAUGUGAAUGGAACUGGUCCACCAACAGAAUGGUUCACUAUCGAAACCUAUCAGAAAGACUUGGACGAAACCAGUGUUCCAGAUAUACCAGCAAUGUUGAAAUUGCGUCCAAUGGUUGAUUCUAUGCAAGUGUCCUGGCUGUCCCCACGAGAUCAAAAUAUUAAAGUUCGAGGCUACACAAUUGGGUGGGGCAAGGGUGUUCCAGAUGUCUACAGUCAGCUCUUAGAUGAUAAAGCCAGAACAUACACCAUUGAAGGACUUGAACCAAAUUCAGAGUAUGUGAUAAGUGUUAGAGCUUUUAACGAAAUUGGUGAUGGGCAACCAAGAUAUGAGUCAAAUCGCACUCGAGAAGAAUCAACACCAGAGCCAUUGUCUCCACUUAUUCCCCCUGUGGGUCUGAAAGCAAUAGUGUUAUCAGCUACUAGUGUGGUGGUCUAUUGGACAGACACAACUCUUUCCCAGAGUCAGUUUGUGACAGACAAUCGUUACUAUAUUGUGCGAUAUACAUCGUCUCAUCUUAGCCAACGGUAUAAGUAUUUUAACUCUACUGAUUUGAACUGUAUGAUUGAUGACUUGAAACCACAUACACAGUAUGAAUUUACAGUGAAAGUUGUGAAGGGUCGCAGACAGAGCCCCUGGAGCAUGGUUGUAUUUAAUACAACAUUUGAGUAUGCACCUGCUUCCGCCCCUAGAGAUUUGACAGUUGUGGGAGUUGAUAAUCAUCCAUCCUCAGUGAACCUGAACUGGCAACCACCUCGGCAGCCAAAUGGGGAGAUAACAGGAUACACAGUGUACUAUACUACUGACAGCACUCAGCGUGACCGAGACUGGAUAGCAGAAAGUGUAAUGGGGGAUAAAAUGACCACUACCAUCAAAGGACUCACUCCUAGUACAACAUAUUUCUUUAAAAUUCAAGCAAGGAACAUCAAGGGCCCUGGACCAUUUUCUUCAACAGUGUCAUUGACCACAUCUUCAAGUUCUCUUGUUACUAAUGAUGUUGGAGCUAUGAGUAAAGAAAAUCGUGGUCUGAAUGGAACUAUGCUGAUCUACGUUAUAAUAGGUGUUGUUGGUUUAAUUGUGUUAGUUGCCAUAAUUGGAGUAGCUAUUGUGUGCUGCAAGCGGUCUGGGCAAGGACAAGAACGAAGCAAAAAAGGAUACAUGAAAGGUAACACUAAGACAUCCAAACCAGAUAUAAAGCCACCAGACUUGUGGAUUCAUCACGAUCAGAUGGAACUUAAAAAUAUGGACAAAUGUGGAAACAACCAUGGAAAUCCUAAUGGUGAGACCUCUUCAUCUUCACACACCUUGGCCACAACUUUACCAAGGUCUGGUGGUUCGAACACCCAUCAAGACUAUUCAUCAGAUGGUCCACCUAAAUACCAACAUCACACUAAUUCGUUAGACAAGAGGAACUACAUUUCUUCUUAUGUUGGCAACUCACUCAACCAAUCCGAUGAAAAACCCUCGACUGCUCGCCACAUUAUAAAAGCCAAACCCAUUAUAUCAUUUCCUGUGGAGAGCGAGCCAUUGAGAGAACCUGUAGCAACAGCAACUCCCAUUUCAAAUGGAAAUCUUUCUCAGACCCAAACUGAUGGUAGACCCUUAUACCCUCGUACUCAGUAUUCAAUGGCUCGAGCUCAUGUUACCAUGGAUCCAACAGGUCCUGCUAUGGAAAGUCCAUACUCAUUGCAGGGUGGAUAUGACACAGUAUCAAGUAUACCAGGGGGCAUGGGUGCGCCUGGGCCGCCUAUACUACACCAUACCCCAAACCAUUCAACUACAUACAGCGCUGGGCUUCCUCCGCCACAGCCACUGCCCCCCCUGCAAAUUGUGGGUCAGUCACCUGCAUCACAGCCAGGACUGGCAGGCCUGGCCACCGUCCAGGAAUGUAAUUCGUCAGCAUCGAGUAGUGCUGGCAGUUCAGUGGGCAGCACUAUUGGUCCUAGUGCUAGUGCCAAUGCAGGAGCCAAGCGACUUCAGGGACAUCCACUCAAGAGUUUCAGCGUACCUGCCCCUCCUCCACCUCCUCAGUCAGCGCCGUGCACGCCUCAACAGAAGCACAUAGGCCCUGUCACUGGUGUCAGUGUUAGGCCAAUUCAAGGAUCCAGUCCGUACAAAAAACCUAAUUUAGUGGCAACUGUCACAGCUGUACCAGUCGGGGGCCCAAGGGGGCCCAUGAAUUCAGGAAUUGUAACAGGGCUACACGAUCCGGGAAGAUUACAGCCUUCUUACAGCACUGAAGAGUUGAACCAAGAAAUGGCUAACUUGGAAGGAUUGAUGAAGGACUUAAAUGCAAUAACGGCCUCAGAAUUUGAAUGCUGA